AUGUCAAAACAGUCACUGAAAAUAGCCGUCAUUCCAGGCGAUGGCAUCGGUAUCGAGGUCAUGCCAAUAGGUGUGCGCUGCCUCAAGGCCGCAGCUUCGGCCUAUAGCCUCUCGCUGGAGUUUACCGAUUUCGACUUUGCGAGCUGCGACUACUACCUCAAGCAUGGCCAAAUGAUGCCGGACGACUGGAAAGACAUACUAUCGAGUUUCGAUGCCAUUUACUUUGGGGCUGUGGGCAUGCCGGAUCUCGUCCCGGACCACGUGAGCCUAUGGGGAAGUCUGCUCAAGUUCCGCAGAGAAUUCGACCAAUAUAUCAGCUUGAGGCCGUGCCGGUUGAUGCCGGGGGUGAAGAGCCCACUGGCGAACAAGAAAGCUGGAGACAUUGACUUUUGGGUUGUUAGAGAAAAUACAGAGGGCGAGUACAGCUCGGUUGGCGGGAAGAUGUUCGAGGGCACAGAUCGGGAAGUCGUCGUGCAAGAGACCAUCAUGACGCGUGUAGGCGUCGAUCGCGUGCUGAAGUACGCGCUCGAGCUCGCCAACAGCCGACCAAAGAAACACUUGACGAGUGCGACGAAGAGCAAUGGGAUCAGCAUCACAAUGCCGUACUGGGAUGAUAGGCUGCAAGAGCUACUCAAAGGCUACGGAGAUGUGAAGAUGGACAAAUUCCACAUCGACAUCUUGACGGCCUGGCUGGUCCUUCGACCCGAACAGUUCGAUGUCAUCGUCGGCAGCAAUCUGUUCGGGGACAUAUUGAGCGACCUAGGCCCUGCGUGUACGGGGACGAUAGGUAUCGCACCUUCAGCGAAUCUGAAUCCCGAAGGAAGGUUCCCCAGUCUGUUUGAGCCUGUACAUGGCAGCGCUCCAGACAUUGUUGGCAAGGGCAUCGCAAAUCCGGUUGGCACCAUCUGGGCCGGACAGAUGAUGCUAGAGCACUUUGGGUUCAAGGAGGCUGCUGCAGGUGUGCUGAAGGCUAUCGAAGACGUUUUGGCAAGGCAAGAAGCCCAUGUACUUACACCGGACAUGGGCGGCAAGGCCGGGACUACCGACUCGCUGGGUUCAGCCAUCGAGAGAGAGAUAGCCGCUAUGGCCGGGGCAAGAUGA